AUGGGGGGCAAAUCUGCAAGCAAGUCCGCUUACUUCGAUAAGCUCAAGGGCCUCCUCGACGAGUACAAGACGAUCUUCAUCGUCUCCGUCGACAAUGUCAGCUCCCAGCAGAUGCACGAGAUUCGUGUGAGUCUCCGUGGCGAGGGUGUCGUCCUCAUGGGAAAGAACACCAUGGUCCGCCGUGCUCUCAAGGGCUUCAUCUCCGAAAACCCCGAAUACGAGCGUCUCCUUCCUUUCGUCAAGGGCAACGUUGGUUUCAUCUUCACCAACGCCGAGUUGAAGGGUAUCCGUACCAAGAUUCUCUCCAACCGUGUCGCCGCUCCCGCCCGUGCCGGUGCUGUUGCUCCUCUCGAUGUCUUCGUUCCUGCCGGUAACACUGGUAUGGAACCCGGUAAGACUUCUUUCUUCCAGGCUCUCGGUGUUCCCACCAAGAUUGCUCGUGGUACCAUUGAAAUUACCACCGAUCUCAAGCUCGUCGAGGCUGGUGCCAAGGUCGGAGCCUCCGAGGCCGUUCUCCUUAACAUGUUGAACAUCUCCCCCUUCACCUACGGUAUGUCCAUCACUCAGAUCUACGAUGAUGGCCAGACCUUUGGACCCGAGGUUUUGGACAUUGAGGACGAGCAACUCCUCAAGGCUCUCGGCUCUGCUAUUACCACCAUCGCCACCAUCUCUUUGGCUGUCUCCUACCCCACUCUACCUUCCGUCAUCCACUCUAUCGUCAACAGCUACAAGAAGGUCUUGGCUGUUGCCAUUGAGACUGACUUCAGCUGGCCCGAGAUUGAGGAGCUCAAGGACCGCAUUGCCAACCCUGAUGCUUACGCUGCUGCUGCUCCUGUUGCCGCUGCUGCCACCAGCGGUGAAGCCGCCCCUGCCGCAGCUGAGGAGAAGGAGGAGUCCGAGGAGGAGUCUGGUGACGAAGGUUUCGGUGGUCUCUUCGACUAA